AUGGCUUGCCAGAGAGUUGAUGGGGCAAAGAAGAUUGCUAAAAGGUGGAAAGAGACUGGCGAUAUCAAGACGCUGCAUGUCGAGGUGAUGGAACUGGACUUGCUGUCCCUUAGCUCAGUCAGGCAAUCCACAGUGGAGUGGGAUCAAAGUGGAAAGCCCCUUCAUAUUCUCAUCAACAAUGCCGGGAUUCUUCUCCUGGGAGGCAUAAUUUCCUGCUGUUGUGUUGAAUCAUGUUCUCUUCUACUUUUGCCCAUCUAUGUUCAUCACUGGGGAGCCGUGGAACCCAAGUCCUGGAAAAUCGGUGCCAAUGAAGAGCAUAAGUUCAGCAGCUUGAUGUCCUACGGAUCAAGCAAACUAGCCCAGGAAAAAUGGACAGAUGAAAAAGGUUUCAUGCCCAGUCUACGAUGCCUGAUCAAAGCUUCUCAUGGAAUCGCAUGUCCUGGCUUGGAAAAGGUCAAGGUGCUGAGAUGGGAGCAGGGAAUUAACGGAGCACGCGUCAGGAAUGGAAGUUGUUGGAGCUCAGGUCGUCAUGGUCGGAAGGAGAGCGACUCCGGCAAGUACCCCAACAUUGGCUUGGGCUCACGGAAAAGUCAGACUUAG